AUGAAAUUCCUCAGUGCUGUGACUGGUGCGCUAGCUCUUCUUCAAGGCGCUGAUGCAGCGACGUGGAAGGAUUACAAGCCGCAGAGUCGCACGCCGAGCUCGUGUCCUGAUUAUGUCGACUAUUCACAGAAACCGCAUCAGCCGCUUUCGUCUGGCAAGUUGAAGCUGCCUUUUAUGAGACCGAGUGAGGAAUGCAGAACGUUCAAGAGCCCGGCUGUUGAGAAAGUCAUUAGCGAUAUCAAGAAGCGCGUCAAGGACCCAGAUCUGGCGCGUCUCUUUGAGAACACUUUCCCAUCGACUCUCGAUACGACAGUCAAGUACUUUGACGCCAAGAAGAAUUUGGCGUUCAUCGUCACUGGUGAUAUCACGGCACAAUGGCUUCGCGAUACAGGUAACCAGUUUGCGCAUCUGUACAAGCUACUUCCCCAAGACAAAAACUUGAAGGCUCUCGUCAAGGCUAUCAUCAAUACCGAGGCGAGAUACAUCUCUGAGUACCCUUAUUGUGGCUCCUUCCAGCCACCUCCUGAGAGUGGGCUAAGCCCUUCUGUCAAUGAUUAUGCUACACUUGUUACCGUAAAUCCACCAGUCGACAAUCAAACUGUAUUCGAGUGCAAGUACGAACUUGACUCUCUGGCUGGCUUCCUCAAGAUUGUGCGAUCAUAUUAUGCUAAUACCAAAGAUUCUUCGUUCAUUAACGACAACUUCAAAUCUGCUAUGAAGCAAAUCCUUCGAGUCAUCAAUGAGCAAUCUCAAAGCACCUGGGCCGAAGAUUGGUCUUACAUCAGCUACUACAACUGGACUGGCCAAGCAGGAUCACUCUCACCACCAGUACCCAACAGCGGAAAUGGUGAACCCAAGCUAGCCAAUGGUCUCGUCGCAUGUAGUCAUCGUCCAUCAGACGACCUGUCUGUUUUCAACUACAUCACCUCUGACAACGCCAUGAUGUCAGUCGAACUCGAUAACGUUGCAGAUGUAUUGGAUAAAGUUGGAGGUCAAAAGAGCCUUUCUGCCACUAUGCGUGGUCAUGCGAAGACGAUUCGACAAGCAGUCUGGAACCAUACUCUCACUGCCAAUGGUAUUUUCGCUUACGAGACCAAUGGAUAUGGCGGUCAGUACAUCAUGGAUGACGCCAACGUCCCUAGUCUUGUAUCUCUGCCGUACCUAGGCUUCCUCAAGCGCGACGAUCCGACAUACAAGAAGACCAAAUCUGCUUUGUUCUCACGAGCAAACCCUUACUACGCCGUUGGAAAGACAUUCAGUGGAAUUGGUGGGCCGCAUGCAAAUGCGACAAACCCAUGGCCUAUGGCACAUGUCUCAGCUAUCUAUGGAACCGACGAUGACGAGGAGAUAACCAUGCGACUCAAUAUGAUUUUGGAGAAUACCGCUGGCCUUGGAUUGAUCCAUGAGAGUGUUAAUAUCUAUAACUCCUCUGUAUUUACACGACCGUGGUUUGCUUGGGCGAACAGCUACUUUGCCGAAAUGGUCCUGGAUUUGGCUGAGAGAAAGCCUGGGAUAAUUUUCAAGGAUGACAAGCCAUAUGUCAUCUAG